GCCGACAUGACACGUGACACACUGCGUCAUUACGCACCAACGCCAUUGGCCGACGUCAAGUGGCGGCGACACUUCCCGUGACGUCACGUGAACGCCAACAACAGCAAACAACUUCCGCGACCGGUAACUUCGACUCGUGACCCCGACAGUGAAGCACCAUGAAUGCCAUAUUUGGAAAGAGGAAGACCCCAGAGGAGAUGUUGCGGCAGAACCAGCGGGCCCUCACCCGGGCCAUGAGGGAGAUGGACCGUGAACGCAUGAAGCUGGAGCAGCAGGAGAAGAAAAUCAUCGGCGACAUCAAGAAAAUGGCAAAGCAGGGACAGAUGGAUGCGGUGAAAAUAAUGGCAAAAGACUUGGUGCGAACUCGUCGUUAUGUGAAGAAGUUCAUCAUGAUGAAGGCCAACAUCCAGGCUGUGUCACUGAAGAUCCAGACUCUGAAGUCCAACAACACCAUGGCCCAGGCCAUGAAGGGAGUGACAAAGGCCAUGGCCACUAUGAAUCGCCAGCUGAAGUUACCCCAAAUUCAGAAAAUCAUGAUGGAGUUUGAGAAGCAGUCGGAGAUCAUGGACAUGAAGGAGGAGAUGAUGAACGAUGCCAUUGACGACGCCAUGGGCGAUGAAGAUGAUGAGGAAGAGAGCGAUGCGAUUGUCUCUCAAGUUCUGGAUGAACUUGGACUGAACCUGACCGACGAGCUGUCCAACCUGCCGAGUACAGGGGCGUCACUGAGUGUCGCUGCCGGGAAGAAGGCGGAGGCUGCUGUGCUGGAAGAUGCUGACGCUGACCUCGAGAAGCGGCUGAAAAACCUGCGCAAAGACUGAGUGGCUGCUCUGCUUUGUAAUUAUCAUGGGGUGUAAUAUAGUCUGCACGGGGAGAAUGAUUUUAGUUUCUUUUUUUUAUGGGAAUGAUUGGGAGAAUCUGCAGGGUUUCUGUGGGAACACGCGUGUGACAUGGACUCACCUCGAGCAAGCCGGCGGGAGCCUAGCGCCGACACAUUAGUGUUCCCACUUCUCAUUAUUUUUCUUUACCCCUCCUUUGCCACUAUUGUAUUCAUGGACACCAAAGUGUGAGGCAGGGAACACUCCAAAUCCACACCCCUACCCCACUAUCAGUCGAGCAUUGAAGGUGCCUCUGCCAAUGGGGAGAUGUCAGGAGGCAGACACGUCCUUGGAGGGAGGUGAGCAAACGCAGGGGCCAGGAAAGUCUGAGGAAGAAACCCAUUGCUCAGACGUUGUGGUCUGCAAAUGUGGUCCAAGAACAGCAGUCUGGGCCCAUUAACAUCGAGUCUUUAUGGCCAUGUUCAGUGUUGCCUCAGUCUGUGGGCCUGUGUUUGUGUGCCUCUGUGUGUGAGCGUGUGUGUGUGUGCGUGUGUGUGUGCGUGUGCGUGCUUGUGUGCGCGUGCCUGUGUGCGCGUGCCUGUGUGUGUGUGCCGGGGUGUGUGUGUGCGUGCCUGUGUGUGUGUGUGUGCGUGCCUGUGUGUGUGUGUGCGUGUGCGUGCCUGUGUGUGUGCCGGUGUGUGCGUGUCUGUGUGUGCCGGUGUGUGUGUGUGUGCGUGCCUGUGUGUGCGCGUGCCUGUGUGUGCCGGUGGGUGUGUGCGCGCCUGUGCGUGUAUGUGUGUGUGUGCGCACCUGAGUGUGUGUGUGCACACCUGAGUGUGUGUGUGUGCGCGCCUAUGUGUGUGCGCGCCUGUGUGUGCAUGUGUGCGCGCCUGAGUGUGUGUGUGCGCGCCUGAGUGUGUGUGUGCGCGCCUGAGUGUGUGUGCCUGUGUGUAUGUGUGUGCAUGUGAGCGCGCCUGAGUGUGUGUGUGCGCGCCUGAGUGUGUGUGCGCGUGCCUGUGUGUGCGUGUGCCUGUGUGUAUGUGCGCGCCUGUGUGUGCAUGUGUGCGUACCUAUGGGUGUGUGCGUGCACCUGUCUGUGUGUGUGCCCCUGUGUUUGUGUGCCUGUGUGUGCCCCUAUGUGUGUGCCCCUGUGUGCAUGCCUCUGCUGCAGUACGAGGGACUGCACUCUCGCACAAAGGUAGUGAUGUCUGGUGGAACAUGCCACCUCUGAGGCUCUGUCCAACUGGGCGGGGAAGAGCAGGGUCAUUAUAAUACUCGUGGCUAAAAGCUCAGCUUCACCACUCAAUCUCCUACGUGCCAAGGUCGACUGAUUAUUUUAAACGAUCAGUUAUUUCAGAUUUCUUCCAAAGGGGGCUAACACUAAAACCCAAAGAAAGUGAGUUUCUGAUCGGAUCCAGCGCUUGUACUCUGGCUGUUGUGAGGUGACUGAAUCAACAGUCUGUGGACAAUUAAAACCUCACCUCGCUGA